AUGGCUCAAGUAUGUAAAUCCUUCAACAACGCUUUAAAAGAUGAUAUUUUGCCAUGGCUCAACAUCAUAGUGGAUGAAAAUCUUCAAAGAUCACGGAUUUCCGAUGAAAUUCUAGUCAAGAUUGCUUCAAAAGCAAUGGGUAGGCUUAGAACAUUGGUUCUUAAUAACUGUGACAGAAUUACAAACGAUGGUGUUCAAACUGUAGUAGCCAUGAAUCCCAAUAUCGAAAAGCUACAUGUACCUCAAUGCACAAAUUUAACCCCCGAAGGGGUUAUCCAAGCAGUGACAACGUUAAACCAACACGUUGCAACCUUAAAGAGCCUAAAGAUAAACGGUAUCUAUAACAUCACGAAAGACCACUUUCAAACACUUUGUAUGUUGAUAAAAUCAAACGAAAUGCAACACAAGCGAUUCUAUCCAGACACUUCAAGACAAGAUUCCAUAGAUGUGGGAAUUUGUCCCAAAUGUGAUGAAGUGAGAAUGGUGUUUGAUUGCCCUUUGGAGACAUGCGAGAGGAAGAGGACAAUCGGUGGAUGUCGAGGGUGUAAAUUUUGCAUUGUAAGGUGCGAAGAGUGUGGAAAAUGUGUAGAUGAAGAUGAUAGUGAAGCCGCUUGUGAAGAUACUUUGUGUCUAGUUUGUUGGAUUAAACAACCAAAAUGUGGUUUUUGUAAUAAGCCUUAUUGUAACAAGCAUGCAUACAAGCAACGUGUUCUUCCCGAGUCCUCGGGUUUUGUAUGCGAGGCUUGUUAUUCGAAAAUCGAUGAAAUUUGAAUGACAAAUCAAUGUAAUCAUUUCAAGUACUUGUACCUACAAACACUGCAUUUUGUGUGCAUUACACUAAGAUUGAUGUGAAUGAGACAAAAAUUGCAACUUUCAGG